UCAGAUUGUAAACAAUAAUGGAGAGUGUUCACCCGUGGGAGACCUGCAUGGAGUUUUAUUUUGAGAUUGGCCUCAAAUAUAAAGACAUAAAAUCAGUACUUGCCGAUAAACACGGCUUUCAUAUUAGUGAGAGACAUCUGAAGCGACUCCUUAACGAACGAGGACACUUUCGGAGGAAAACGUUCUGUGAGUUGGCGGUCCUGGUUGAAUUCAUUAGCAACCAACUACGAUCAUCUGGACAGCUUCAUGGUUACCGCUGGAUGUUUGCUAAAUGCAGAGAACAUGGACUACGAGUGAGGAAAGAAGACGUGCGCUUGGUGUUGAAGGAGCUUGAUCCGAGAGGAGUGUCGUUAAGGCAGACAAGACGUCUCAGACGACGGAGCUACUUUUCAAAAGGGCCAAACUUCAUUUGGCAUAUUGACUCUUAUGAUAAACUGAAACCAUAUGGCAUAUGCGUCCAUGGAUGUAUUGAUGGUUUUUCGAGGAAAAUAAUGUGGCUUAAUGCCUACACAACAAGUAAUGACCCAAAGUUAAUCGGAGGUUAUUACAUUGAAGUAGUGCAGCGUUUAGGGGGCUGCCCUCGAAUUGUCAGAGGCGAUCUUGGUACUGAAAAUGUCCACGUCAAAGACUUCCAGCGUUUCCUCGUCCCCACACCCCCAGAGAGCAUUGACAGUUACUUGGAAGGAGCCAGCACCGCCAAUCAAAGGAUUGAAUAUUGGUGGGGUUUUCUUCGCAGCCAGUGCGUGGAGUUCUGGUUAUCCUUGUUCGCCGACCUCAGAGAUAACGGCUUCUUUGAUGGUGGGUUUCUGGAUAAAAGCCUCCUGCAGUUCUGUUGCAUGGGACUCAUCCAGGGUGAGUUGGAUGACACUGCACAGGUGUGGAACGCACACACCAUCAGGCCCUCGAAGAACACAAACGUCCCCAGUGGUCGGCCUAAUGUCAUGUAUGCCAUGCCUGAACUUUACAGGACAAGAGACUUCCUUUCCCCAGUUGAAAAUGAAGAUAUUCAAUUGUGCAAAAGCCAGUGCGUCUUUCGCCAGACCAUACCAUGUGAUUUGGAUGUAUAUGAACUGUGCAAUAUCUUUUUGGCUGAGAGCCAUCUGAAUCUACCAGCAGAUCCAUAUCAGGCUGUGAACCUGUACAUGCGCUUAAGAGAGGCCAUCAGUGCAUCUCUGUCAGUGUAAGUCCUGAGUUGUGUCCUGUAGAAGCCAGAGUUGAGCUUUUCCUUGCUAUCACCAUGCUACAAUUUCACUGUGUUCUAUUGUCAUUUUAAAUAAUUUCAACUUUUUUCUUGAAACGUGUUUGGCUUGACGUAUGGGUCACAGUACACAAUUGAUCUUCACCCGGUGUUGCUUUAGCAAAUCAAAUCAGUGUCAAACUUUGAAGUACUACUAAAAGUCCAUGUAUAUAAUGAAGCUGUCAGUAUUGUAUGAAUUUUAACUGUACAA